AUGUUUUACAAACUGGAGUUACAGAAAAUUAUUAAGGUCCAGCCCCAUCUCUUGGAGCGUACCCUACACCGUCAUCUCGCACGUUACCUUCGUAAUGCAGUUGAGGGUCAACCCCUUCAAAUGCCGCUUGUGAAGACGAGCGAUGGGGAGGUGGUGCGGGCAGAUCAAAGCUCCUCGGCCAUUAUUAUUGCCGUACUUGACAUUCUCAACACAGAGACUCUUGAGGGACGCGUGCUUGAUGAUGGUAGUGUAUCCUUCUUGCUACACUACGAGGCUAUCGUGUUUAAACUUCACCGUGGUGAGGUUGUAGAUUUGAUGGUGGUCACAGUAGAGCGUGAGGGCUGGUGGGGUGAUGUGAUGGGAGUGGGAAAGAUGUACAUCAGUCGUGGUCAGAUGGGCAGCGAAUGGGUGUACGAGAGUGAUGGUGUGGAGGGAAUUUGGAUCACAAAGGAUGGUUCACGUUCGGUAAAGGCUGGUGAGAUUGUGCGAGUGCGUGUGGUGGCCGAAACUCCGCAGUCGGAAGGUGUAGUGGCCAUUGGUAGUAUGAUUGGGAAAUAUCUCGGGCCGCUGUAA